GUCAGUUUGAUUGUCAAAACUGUGAUUAAAGUGCAAUUUGGCCAAAACUCCGCAACAAAACCCUAUCCCAGUUUCGUUUUUUUAGAAAACCCGACUUUGCCAACGUGUCGUGUGCCCAACGCCACCCUCACCACUCCAACAGGGGCCCACGUCAAGUUUUCCAACAUAUGUGAAAGUACGGUUUUCGCCCCUUGCCUGUUCGCUUUCUCGUAGUGAAAAUUCAAGAAUGCGAUGCUCGCUAGGAGACGCCGCGCUGGCUCUGAAUCCGAGCCUCUAGUGUCUGUCUCGAGCGAGAAUUCCUGGUCGAAUCAAUCUAACCUCAAUUACGUAAAUAGUGCAUAUCCGAACAAUGUCCCCCAGGACUACUACCUAGAAGACGACUUUCCCGGUGAAGAUUACCACGAACCCGAACCAGUGAUGGCUGCGAGAGACCGGACUAGCGAAUUUGUUAACACGAUACAGACGUUGCAAGGGCGGAGCAUCGCCCGGGCAGUGGCAGUGCGCGACCCCAAGAAAUCCAAAGCGAUACAGAGUCAUUCAGAGUUCAUGCUCAUAGCGAAGAAUAUUGGGAGGAAUAUCGCCAGCACGUAUGCCAAAUUGGAGAAGCUAACACUGUUGGCCAAACGGAAGUCUCUCUUCGACGACCGCACCGCCGAGAUCCAAGAACUCACCUACAUAAUCAAAGGCGACUUGAGCAGCCUCAACCAACAAAUCGCCCAACUACAGGAUGUUUCAAAAAAGCAGAAGCAUCUCACCCCUGGGAGGCACCUGCAGUCGCACUCUAGCAGCGUCGUGUUGGCUUUGCAAUCCAAGCUGGCCACCAUGUCGACUGACUUUAAGCAAAUCCUGGAGGUGAGGACCGAAAACUUGAAACACCAGAAAAGCCGCCGGGAGCAGUUUUCCCAAGGGGGUCUACCGCCGCCGCCUGUCUCAUCGGCGGCACAAGGGAGUCUACUCUUGCAAGAACAGGACCAAGUUAGCAUCAACUUAGAGAACACGUCUUUAGUUCCACAGCGGACCCAAAUGCAGGCGGCGCUUAUGUACGACGAGACCGACAACUACUUGCAGAGUCGCGCCGAGACCAUGCAGAACAUAGAGUCGACGAUAGUGGAACUAGGCGGGAUUUUCCAGCAGUUGGCACACAUGGUGAAGGAGCAAGAGGAGAUGGUCGAGCGGAUAGACACCAACGUGCAAGACGCCGAGAUUAACAUAGAAGCGGCGCAUGCGCAAAUCCUUAAGUACUUUCAAUCAGUGACGUCCAACCGGUGGCUCAUGAUUAAAAUAUUCGGGGUCCUUAUCUUCUUUUUUAUUUUCUUUGUGGUGUUCCUGGCAUAGUAUUGGCGGGAAAGUUGGACCGCUUUAAAUUUUAUAUCGUUACUGUAUUUAUUAGGUAGGUUUUCAAAAGUGAUAUUGUUACGCGAAAUUAUGAGAGACAAUAUAUGAGAACACAUACGAA